CGUAAACAAAAAGGAUUUACCAUAAAUUUGCAGAAUUUCUCUGUUUUGCACGAUAUGCUCGAGAAACAUAGCCACCCUAUCUAAGGUUUCAAGAAAGUAUAGAAGACAAUAUUCGUUGCUCUUGAGCGGCACAAAGCUACCGUGCACCUAAAUCUUCUUCGGGUCUGAAAUUUAUCAACUGCCUGGAGUUCUCUGCAAAGUAUUCUUUCUUUAUUAUUUUAAUAUGAGUGGGAAGGGUAGAUCUCAAAUGAUGCAGGGGUGGUAUCAACAAUCCAUAGCUCAGCAUGCAAGAGAUACUCAAGAUGACGAAGAUGAUGAUGAUGAUGACGACGACGAUGAAGAAGAGGAUGAAGUUAUUAGUCAAAAUGAGAUAGUAGACUAUAAGGCACAAUAUAAACGCCUCAAACGGAAACUAAAGUACUUAAUUUAUGAAAAUGAAUGCUAUCAAGAGAACCUUAGAAAUUCUAGAGCAAAGUUGCUGGAAAUUGCCAGAGAUAGAAGUUUUCUUUUGGACAGGCUUCUGCAAUAUGAAAAGGUUGAUAUCUCUUCAUCAAGUGAGAGUGGUGAAGACACCGAAUCCUCAGAUGGUGAAGUUGAACUUCCUAGAACUGAUAUUAAAAGGAGAAAAUUAGAAGCAAGUUCCCAUCCACAACCUCAGCAAACACAUUCAGCCAGUACCUCAACCACCCAAAAGAACCCUGCACCAGCUAAGAAAAAGAAACCAACAAUGAGAAUGACAAAACAAAAUGCAUCUAAUCUUGGCCAUGGGUCACUAACAAUACCUUCAAUUUCACCUGCUGCAUCAUCCUUGGCUCCAGAUGGUCAUAUGACACCUGAAGAGGUUGAGCGGCACCUCUCUGCUCGUGGACAAUCAUUCAUAGGUUUAUUACCAGAAAAAGCUCCACCAACAGUACCAACAGAAAUGUUCAGUAAUGAACCCUCCUUGGACAGUGAAUCAAAUGACCCAGGAGAUUUUGAAACAUCACCUAGCAACAUUGGAGAGGACUGCCUCAGUGUGGAUAUGCUCGGGGAUUGAUUGUUCCUCUUUAGGUAGUACAAAAUAAUUACCUCUUUUUCAAUUCUAUUUGUCUUUUUUGGGUUCUUUUGCCCAUUAUUCUAACACUAUUUUAUGAUUCCAUUGUGUCUAGGAAAUAGUGACAAUUUUACUGCUUGCUUGCUCUGUCCUCUCUUUUUUACUAUUUAGCCAUUGUAUGGACUAAACUGAUGUUUUGAAUGAAGAAAUUGAUUAAAAAUUUGCUCUAAGAGCCAAAUUUAA